UGACUUUGUCGAGCUAGUGUGGACGUACUGAGCGCUAUAAAUCAAGCCGAUUGAGCAAAGCGAAAUCAUACAAAUGCAAAUGCUUGCGUCUAGUGGUAGCCAGAGCGUUUGACUUUAUUUUAUCUAGCAUCAAGCUACAAAUCUUCGUCCUUAACUCGAAGCUAACAUUCUUCAACCAAACGGAAGUUCACGUACAAGCGAACAACUGAACAAAAAGAAGGACCGGAGUUGUACUGAGUUCCCUGCCUUAUUGAUCGCGCUAAAGUACAGCCAUUUGAAUAUGCAUUUUGCGUCCAUGUUCGCCGUGUCAGUGGUCCUCGUACCGCUGUGUGCCCUCGCCCAGCCGCUAACAGGCCAUAGGGUCAGGGGCGCACAAGACGAUUAUGGUCGCCCACAGCCGUACGAAUUCAGCUACGUUUCACAAGAUCAAGAAGGAACCCAUGGUCAUAGUCAACAGAGUGAUGCGCAGGGACAAGUGCAGGGUCAUUAUACUAUUCAGCUGGCCGACGGGCGCGCCCGUACAGUGCACUAUACCGCUGACGAGAACGGUUACCGGGCCGAGAUUCAAACGAAUGAAAUUGGAACGGAGUCGAAGAGUCCAGCCGAUGUAAGGCUUGUCUCGUCAGCAAUUACGGGUGAACAGGCAGCACAUCAAGCGCCGGCUCAAGGACACCAUUUGGCGUAGACAACAGACAAAAUUUAUAUGCAAAAUACUUUGAUGGACUCUAGCUGAUGCCUAAACCUAAUGGGCGUGAAGGGUUCACAAUAACGAACCUGACGAUUUAGGCAUCCAUUUAGCCUCCCGCGGAGCUUACGUAGUUGGCACUUGUGUCAGUCCUACUCGACCGAUAGAUGGAAGUAUGAUCUUUAAUUCAGCGAGGCUGGCUUAUAAUUAAUUAACAUUAAGGCAAAACGGGCGAGCCGUUAAAGCUUUUUUGUUUGCUCUUCAAACAGUCUCUUUUUUUUUUAAUGUCUCCAUUUAGAAUGCGUUCGUCUGUAUACGUUACUGUAAUAUAGGUGUAUUAUAGUAAUUACAUAAUAAUAAA